ACUAAGUUAGAAAAGGUUUAAGAAAGGCUGAGACGCCGCGACCUAAGCUUCUCUCAAAUUCACGCACUAUUUCUCUCUCCCUCACUCUUUCAAAACAAAAAGCCCCUGGAGCACUUUCCAAUUUACGGAAUUAGUAAUCACAGAAAUCAGUGGAGAGUGUAAAAAGAAAAUCCCUUACCUUACCCCAUUGGCUCGUCGAUCGAUCUCGCUGCGACUUGGAGAAGAAACUAGGAAACUAGAGCUCCAAAGGCAGCUGAUUACUUAAACAGGAAAUUGGACGCCAUGUCACCGGGAGAAACCGUCUCUCGGUCACCUCUUGAUAAGCCUCUCAACCAACUUACUGAGGAUGACAUUUCUCAGGUCACUCGUGAAGAUUGCCGCCGUUACCUGAAAGAAAAAGGGAUGCGGAGACCGUCGUGGAACAAAUCCCAGGCGAUUCAGCAGGUGAUCUCACUGAAAACUCUUCUCGAAACGACGUUGGAUGCGGACGCCGUCGAAGCCCGGAAGAAACUUUACAUUCCCUGCCCCGAAAAUCCUCCUUGUGUCGUUUCUGAUUCAACCGUUCUACCGAACGAAACGACACAGCGUAACGGGAUCUCGGGUCCAGUCAACGAAUCCGUUCCUUAUCCCCGUCCAGAUCCCUCGAAAUCCGAUUUUUCCGGCGAUUAUUCUGUUCGAACCGCCAUCUCUGGAAAUGGCUCUGUUUCUCCGAGAACUGCAGGUGCAGCAAAAGAGCCAGCAGGACAGAUGACAAUUUUUUACUGUGGGAAAGUGAAUGUCUAUGAUGAUAUGCCUGGCUGUAAGGCAGAAGCAAUCUUGCAGCUUGCUGCAAGCCCAGUCUCAUUUCCUCAGGAAACUCUAGCUGAUCAAAGGACUGCACCAUGGUCCAUUCCAUGCCAUUUAGAGGCUACAGGUGUCAAAAUAAGCCCAUGCUCGCCAAUGGUUAUAAUGCCAUCACUGCAAACGGUAAAGGUGGCAGAAAACUGUCAGUUUCCUCUAGAAGAGAGCAACCUAUCUCAUGAAGACAGCCUUGAAGGUCCUGCUACCCGAAAAGCAUCGUUGCAAAGAUAUCUUGAGAAGAGGAAAGACAGGUUUAAGAACAAGAGAAAGUUGGCAACAUCUUCUUCUCCUACCUUAGACCUCUACUUAAAUCAAGUGGGAGAUCAGUUCUCGAAUGAGCAGUUGAAACAAAGUGUUCUGUCUUUUCGCUGCAGCUCCAAUGAAAAUGUUCCAAAGACUCGCUACACAUCCUAAUGCCAAAGAUGUGUUUAAAAUACGAGUUUGGAUCAGGCCCUGAAUUGGUUGCCAAGGACUAUAAGCACGGAGCGCAUAUCACUUUGUAAGAGUUUGUAGAAAUAAUAAUUAACCUGUUGCAUUCGUUGCGGUCAUUAGCACUUAGCUAAAUGAGGAAUCAAAGUUCAGUGUUGCUGAUCUGUAUUUUUUAUUGUGCGGUUUCAUUUAGUGAUUUGCGGUAAAGCUAUAUGAUCAUGGGGCAGCAGAAAUAGAAAGGGUUACUUAUGUUAUCCGUCCUAUGGUCAUUUUAAGCAUCAAGGCUUUCUAGCUAAUAGCAAAAUCUUUCGUACGAAAUUGAAAACAAAUGAGCCGUUUGAAGUCUUCAAAAACAUUGUGGAGCAAAGUUUGUUAUAAUGGGUCAAUCUCUAGCAAGGGCAACGAUGAUCCAUCAAGCUCCAAAUACGAGCUAUUAAAGGUCGAAGAGCUGGCAAAAAUUGUCUGGGAUAGAAAGAUAUUUUGAUUUAAAAGUAAUGACUGACUCUAUCUAAAAUUGGAGCAUGAUAUAUCAUCUUUUCCAAUGAUCUUCAGCGCCAGUAAUUCGUUUUCAAAAUAUACUAUAUCUUAAAUGACCCACUCGAAUCUGAACAUACCAAUCAAAAUUGCCACCCAAAAUGAGCCUGACAAAUUGAAUUGUGGUUUCUUUUGACAAUAUUACAAAUGCUUUCUGGUGGUAUAUGGGUAUUGUUAAUAUUGUAUUUUUCUUUAUGGAUGAUUUAGUAUUGUUAUUGUCUGACCGGAUAAGGCAAGAAAGAAACCCCAACUCGGCCACGACCCACCAUCACACACUCUAGUGAUCAAUAAUUUCUCAGUGAUGUCCCACCACUUAGGCACUAGCCUACCUCAAAGCUUACUGUCAACUGAAUCAUGGCUUCUAUUUUUCUUAUCUAUUCUUUGUCUUCUCGUGCUUUAUGCGUGCUUUACUGCUCAUAGAAAGAA